AUGGAUAACAGCUCGAUUCCAUAUUCCCAGUGGGCGGCAGACCUCUUACACAAUGACCAAAGCACGGUUCUACGCCCAGUCGUGCUCUUUCUACUUGUCCCGACGGCGACAUUUCUUUUGUGGCAUCUCGUCGCGUAUUUGAAUUCACCGUUGAGAAAGUAUCCGGGACCAGUUCUUGCAUCAUUUACCAAUUUCUACCGGAUGUAUUUUGCCUAUCGAGGAGAUAUGCAUUUGCUCAGCAAGAAGCUCCACGACAAGUAUGGACCCGUCGUUCGAAUGGGCCCAAACUAUCUCGAUCUCGACUUCUCCUCAUUAAUCAAGACGUGUUUUGACACUCAAGGGGUUUGGAGAAAGACUGAAUGGCAUGGGGUUUCUGGAGCAAUGGUCGAAGGCAAGCUCUACUUCAACAUUUUUUCAGAAGUGCGUCCGGAAGAGCAUGCGCGCAUAAAGAAGCCAAUUGCAAAGUACUUUUCCGCUGCUGGUGUGGCGCCUCUUGAGCCCCAUGUCGACGCUGUGCUCGCUACUCUGUGUGAGGUAGUAGACCAGCGGCUCGCCGGUGACGAGGCAUUCGGACCGUCUUUUGACUUUUCAGAGUGGAUGUUAUUCUAUGCGAUGGACGUAGUGGCCAAGACUACGUGGAGUCAAGCUGUCGGAUAUCUCGAGAAGGGCCAUGACUUUGACGGCACUUUAAGUGUGUCAGACAAAGCCUACGACUAUCUCGUCACCAUUGGCAUGUAUCCGGUGCUCGACAAACUCCUAGACAAGAACCCGAUCAUGCGAGUUGGUCCGCCCUCAUUUGGAACUGUCACCGGCAUCUGUCUGGGACAUCUGGUGGCGCGCAUGAAGGGCGAAGACGGCCACGACCAAUCCAAGCCCGACUUUUUAGAUCGCUAUCUGGAAGCCCAGCAGCAGAACCCCGAAGUCGUCGACAUUUAUCGCAUUCUAUCCUACAUGCUCGUCAAUGUCGCCGCGGGGGCUGACACUACGGCGGCGAGCUUGCGCUCCAUUUUUUAUCUGUCUCUCAAGCAUCCUGCCGUCUACGAUCGUCUGAAGAACGAGAUUCUUGCGGCCAAGUUUUCGCAGCUGCCAGUGCCAUAUGCCGAAUCCAGGCAGCUUCCCUACCUGGAGGCUGUCUCUCGAGAGUGUUUUCGAUACUUGCCCGGCAACUGUUUCGCACAGGAGCGGUACGUUCCUGAUGGAGGCUUGUCGCUUCCUGACGGGUCAUUUGUACCCGCAGGGACAGCGAUAGGAUUCAAUGCGUAUGUGCUGCAUCGAAACAAAGAGGUAUGGGGGCCCGACGCUGAAGAGUUCCGCCCUGAGCGCUGGUUGCAAGCCGAUGGCGAGACUGCAGAGGAGUACAAGAGUCGCUUGCAGCACUUGAACAACGUCGACCUAUCAUUCUCGGCUGGCUCAAGAAAGUGCAUCGGAAUGAACCUUGGCAGGAUGGAGGUGAGCAAGACGGUGGCAACGCUCAUUACUCUCUUCGAUUUCGAGUUGGAAGACCCCAAGAAGGAGUGGAAAAUCCACAACAGCUUGAUCCCCAGGGCCUCUAAUAUCAUCAUGAAGGUUAAAAAGAGAUCGGACGCAAGCGAGCGAAUUAGCCAAAUGAGUAGCCACUAUUAA